GGAAAGGGGGGCGGGAAGGGCUGUGGGGCGCCUGUCAACUCGACACCAUGAACGUGGUUUUUGCUGUGAAGCAGUACAUUUCCAAAAUGAUAGAAGACAGCGGACCUGGUAUGAAAGUGCUUCUCAUGGAUAAAGAGACGACUGGAAUAGUGAGUAUGGUAUACACACAAUCAGAGAUUCUUCAGAAAGAAGUGUACCUCUUUGAACGUAUUGACUCUCAAAAUCGAGAAAUUAUGAAACAUCUGAAGGCAAUCUGUUUUCUUCGCCCUACGAAGGAGAAUGUGGAUUAUCUGAUUCAAGAGCUUCGAAGACCCAAAUAUAGUAUAUAUUUUAUUUAUUUCAGUAAUGUGAUCAGUAAGAGUGAUGUGAAGUCAUUGGCUGAAGCUGAUGAGCAGGAAGUUGUGGCAGAGGUUCAGGAAUUUUAUGGUGAUUACAUUGCUGUGAAUCCACAUUUGUUCUCCCUCAAUAUUUUGGGUUGCUGCCAGGGUCGCAAUUGGGAUCCAACUCAGCUAUCCAGAACAACUCAAGGACUGACCGCUCUUCUUUUAUCCCUGAAGAAAUGCCCUAUGAUUCGUUAUCAGCUUUCAUCAGAGGCAGCAAAGAGACUUGCUGAAUGUGUUAAGCAAGUGAUAACUAAAGAAUAUGAACUUUUUGAAUUCCGGCGGACUGAAGUUCCUCCAUUGCUACUUAUUUUAGAUCGCUGUGAUGAUGCCAUCACUCCAUUGCUAAACCAGUGGACAUAUCAAGCCAUGGUCCAUGAACUAUUGGGUAUAAACAACAAUCGGAUUGAUCUUUCCAGAGUGCCAGGAAUCAGUAAAGACUUGAGAGAAGUGGUCCUGUCUGCAGAAAAUGAUGAAUUCUAUGCAAAUAAUAUGUAUCUGAACUUUGCUGAGAUUGGUAGCAAUAUAAAGAAUCUCAUGGAAGAUUUUCAGAAGAAGAAGCCAAAGGAACAGCAGAAACUAGAAUCAAUAGCAGACAUGAAGGCAUUUGUUGAGAAUUAUCCACAGUUUAAGAAGAUGUCUGGGACUGUAUCAAAGCAUGUGACAGUUGUUGGAGAACUGUCUCGGUUGGUCAGUGAACGGAAUCUGCUGGAGGUUUCAGAGGUUGAACAAGAACUGGCCUGUCAAAAUGACCAUUCUAGUGCUCUCCAGAAUGUAAAGCGGCUCCUCCAGAACCCCAAAGUGACGGAAUUUGAUGCUGUGCGCCUGGUGAUGCUUUAUGCUCUACAUUACGAGCGACACAGCAGCAACAGUGUGCCAGGGCUAAUGAUGGACCUCAGGAAUAAAGGUGUUUCUGAGAAGUAUCGAAAGCUCGUGUCUGCAGUUGUGGAAUAUGGUGGUAAACGGGUCAGAGGAAGUGAUCUCUUCAGCCCCAAAGAUGCUGUGGCUAUCACCAAACAGUUCCUCAAAGGAUUGAAGGGAGUAGAAAAUGUAUAUACACAGCAUCAACCUUUCCUACAUGAGACUCUGGACCAUCUUAUCAAAGGAAAACUCAAAGAAAAUCAGUACCCUUACCUUGGUCCCAGCACACUCAGAGACAGACCUCAGGAUAUAAUUGUCUUCAUAAUUGGAGGAGCCACCUACGAAGAGGCUCUCACAGUUUAUAACCUGAACCGUACCACUCCUGGAGUAAGGAUUGUCUUGGGAGGAACCACAAUACACAAUACAAAAAGUCCUUUACAGGAAGUUUUGGCUUCUGGACUGCACAGCCGAAGCAGGGAGAUCUCUCAAGUUACCUCGAGACCAACAAGCCGGAGAUGA